AAAUGGCGUUAAUCAUGCGGCCCGCAUUACGAGAGGUCGGGAGCGGGUGGUGCCGGUCACUCUCCAGCGUAACACCGUCACGGUACCGGUCGCAGCCGCUCCUACGGCAGCACCGACGCCGCUCGCCCGCCUUUCUUCCUCCCCGAGUGCGAACAGACCCGGCCGGCCUCGGGCGGCUCCGCCCGGACGGCGCCGCCCCGCUGCCCGGCCCUCUCCACUGCGCCGGCAGCGGGGGAGGCGCGCGGCUCCCGCCUGCUCCGGUGGCGCCGCCCGGGCUGGGGCUCGGCGCAUGCGCGGCGCGGCGCUGCGCAGUCACGGCGCCCGCCGCCAUGGCCGACCCGCGCCUCAGGCAGAUCAAGAUCAAGACCGGCGUCGUGAGGCGGCUGGCAAAAGAAAAAAUUAUGUAUGAAAAAGAAGCAAAACAGCAAGAAGAAAAGAUUGAGAAGAUGAAAGCUGAAGCAUGUGAUGAUUAUGGAAUUAAGAAGCAGGUUGAGAUCUUACAAGAAUCACGAAUGAUGAUUCCGGACUGCCAGCGCAGACUAGAAGUUGCUCAUGCAGAGCUUACUCAACUACUAGAAAAUGAAAAAGAAUUGGAAGAAGCUGAAGAGUAUAAAGAAGCACGUUCCAUACUGGAGUCAGUGAAGCUGGAAGCCUAGCUGUUUUCCAGUUCUCUCUUUAUAUGCAUUAGCACGGGGUCCAUUCCACAGUUUCAUUUGAUUAUGGCUCUACUACUAUUGUUGACUUGCUAAAGUUCCCUUUAUGCAAACUGAGCUUUCUCUCAACUGCAAGGUGCAUCAAAUAAAGAAUGUUCUGAAAUAUUGGUGUAUUCCAUAUUUAGGCAAAAAAUAGAUAUAUUUCCAGUUCACCUCAAUUAAAAAAAAGCCCAUUUAAAGUAAGUGUUAAUAGUUAAUACAGAGAACUUAAAUCUGAACAGUUCAGACUAAGAAAUAAAAUUUGGCUUUGUGAGGGACCACUAAAUACUUUAGAAUGAAACAGCAUUAUAGAAUGGUUUAGGUUGGAAAGGUUCCACCUAGUUCUGAUGCCCUGACAUGGGCUUUAGAAGCACCUUAUGUUUGAAAUAAUUUCAAGCCAUUACAGCAUAAAAAUUUGUACUGAAAGAGAAGGUAGACCAAAUAACCCUUUCCAGUCACCUUUUUUCUAUGGUGCGAUUUUCUGUAGCUUUAUCAAGUAUGUACUCCUUGUUUAUCUUUGAUUCCAAGACAAAAGCUGACUCCGGAUCUUUGUCAGUGUGCACGGCACUGAGUUGUAGAGCCCAAUUCAUACAACUUCCAUGGAUCAAAAUUCUUGUACUUUUCAGCAAAUAGAAUUUAGCAGGUGACUAAUAUACUGUGAGUUGCAUCUGCUACUAAGAGUUCUGGACUGAAAGCUUUUCUUGAAAGCACCUUGGCCUAAGUGAUUUUUUUUUUAACAAAGUUCAAACCCCAGGACAUGAAAGAGAGCUAAUGGGAGCUAAUGGGGAAGGCAACAACACUUAGUCUGCCUGGAAGACCAUUAAAACAUUAUGUACAAAAGCUGUGUUUUUUUCAGAGUAGCUUCUCUAAAGCAAGUAGUAAGUUCUGUUGAUAAAAAAGAAAGCUUUUUACAUUAGUUUUUCUAGUUUGAAAGUGUUCUGGCAUGUUUCUUAAAGGCAACACAAAGCACAGUGUACCUUUUGUGUGGUGCUAAAUUGAAUACUCAAUAAAAUUCUUUGUUAAUUUGCCUGA